CUCGUCCAGACCUGCGAGAACUUCGGCCGAGCCUCAGGGGCUAAAGUCAACUGCGGGAAGUCAGAGGCUAUGCUCUUCGGAAAGUGGCACCUGUCAUCCUCUGCACCAUUUCCUUUCACCAUCAAGCCCGACUUCAUUAAGAUCCUGGGAGUCUGGUUCGGCGGCGAGGGUGCAGCCCUGAGAUGUUGGGAUGAGAGACUGGCGACUGUUCGCCAAAAGAUUGGAUUGUGGAGCCUCAGAGAUCUUACCAUCGAGGGGAAAUCACUUGUGCUGCGCAAUGAGAUUCUUCCCGUUCUGCAGUACACCGCGCAGGCCUGGCCACCCCUGGCAACCGUCUGCAGGGCCAUCACGAGGGCAGUGUUUCACUUCAUCUGGGGCUCCAAGAUGGACAGAGUAAAGCGGUCAGUUAUGUACAAGGAGCCCCUCAAGGGUGGAAAGGGUAUUCCGGAUAUCCCAACCAUGCUUCGAGCCUUCUUCGUGUGUAACUGCAUCCGCAGGACAAUGUACGAGAACUUGAACGAUUCUGCAGGAAACUCUAUGUCCCGUUUCUUCCUCCUGCCGCUUUGGAGGAAUCUCGGCUGGGACAAAUGGGACAGCUCCAUCCCUUACAACUGGAACACCCCGUGGUUCUACCUGGACGUGUCCAAGUUCGUGAGGGAACACCAACUGGAGGGAGUUAAACCUGACUUAUGGAAAUCGAAGACGAUCUACAAGCUCAUCAGAGCUAAAGACGAUUUGGAGCCGAUUCCGGGGCUCCCUUCAGCGACUGCCAAACAGGUCUGGGAGAAUGUGGCCUCUAAAAGGCUCACAAACAGACACAAAGACCUGUCGUGGAUGGCCAUCCAGGGGGGCCUGCCCCUCCGGUCAUUCAUGCACUCCCGGAACCUGUGCAGGUACAGACAUUGCCCCAGGUGCAUCAUACACGAGGAAACAUCUAUGCACCUGUUUUGGGACUGUGCCUGGGCCCAGUUGUUGUUGGACGCCCUGGAAAACGAACUGAAAAACUCUGUGCCAAGGAACUGUCUCACGUACCAUUCGGUACUCUACGGACUAUUCCCUGGCACCCACACCGUUGGGGCGAUCCAGGAAGCCUGGCGCCUUAUGAACAGUGUUAAGGACGCUUCGUGGCUUGCCAGGAACCGCCUCAUUCUGAGGAGGGAGAGGAUGUCUAUCCAGGACUGUUGCAGGCUGGUUCACAGCUUGCUCAGAGACUAUUCCACCAUGGACAGCCCUGAGGAAGAAGAGGACUAAAACCCCCCUUUUUCUGCCCCUCUCCCCUUGUCCGAACCGAAGAUGAGACUUUGGGACCGUGGCCCCUGCCCCCUCACUCACAAUGUCUGUUGUUUUAUUGAUGUCUUCUAUUUAUUGCCCUUCCCCUUAUAUGUGUCUGUCUUUUCAAUAAAGCUUCGGGCCUGUGAUUCACCCUCCCUCACCCCCCUACCCUCCACACCCAUAGCCUUAUUUACUGUUGUGUUAUUGUAUCGUCUAAUUGCAUAGUGCAGCCUGAGAACUACGGUGUAGGCUACAGGCCCGCGCCGUAGUUCUUCGACUGCACUAUACAGUCUGCAUCUGUGCUGUGUUUUGGCCUGUGCUGCGACACGGCACUUAUGUUUGUCAAUG